AUGAGUUACUCAGCCAAUGAGCAGGAGGGGAGGGCCAAGCCGGCUGGGAGGAAAGGGGACCCUGCGGGCCAACCAAACCCCACAGUGAAGUUYUACGUGGUGAAUUUGUACGGGCCGACCCAUACACAGGAGCUCACACCACCAGACAGCCUCAAAAUAAGGGAGCACUAUGUAGCCAUGGUCAAGUGGAUCAGUAAAACCAAGACAACGGUCAGGUGGAUGAGCCGUGCCCAGAAUGUGUCAAUCCUGACCGUGUGUGACACCACCACAGGAGCCUGUGUUAAGAGGCAUGAGGAGACCUCAGAGCUCUGGCUUUCCAAGCAGAACCAGGAACCAGUGUUCUCCAGGGACGGCAGCAGAUUCUUCCUGACGGUGCCCGUCAAGCAAGGCGGGCGCGGAGAGUUCCAUCACAUCGCCAUGUUCACCACACAGUUCAGAGCAGAUCAAAAUGAAGUCCGCCAUCUUACAUCAGGGAACUGGGAAGUAACUAAGAUCCUGGCCUAUGAUGAGAGCAACGACAACAUUUAUUUCCUCAGCACUGAAGGCUCACCACGGAGAAGACAGCUUUUCAGUGUGAAGACUGUGGGGUUGUUCCCUCGACACUGUCUGACGUGUGAGCUAAAUAAGGCCCACUGUCUGUUCUUCGAUGCUGAGAUAAACCCCAGUGAUCAGCACAUCCUCCUCCACUGUAAAGGUCCGGGAGCACCCACUGUGAUCUUACACAGCCUCAAUAAUUCCAAUUACUACAUCCUUGAGAACAACUCUUUACUGAAGGCAGCUUUGAAGAUCAAGAGGAUUCAAAUGACGGACUUCAGAACAAUCCAGAUGGAACAUUUUGAUCUGCCUUUGAAGAUCUCCUACCCACCAGACUUUUCUGAAUCACGUCAAUAUGGCCUGCUACUGGUAGUCGAUGGCUCCCCCGGUGGCCAGGCUGUGAGCGACCGAUUCAUUCUGGACUGGGACUCGGUUCUGGUCAGCUCGGAUAACAUCAUUGUGGCUCGUCUAGACGGCAGAGGGAGUGGCUUCCUGGGCCAGAGGGUUCUACAUGAGGUCCACCAACGUUUGGGGACAGUAGAGGUGCAGGAUCAAAUCGCAGCUGUGGAAUACAUGUUGACAUUCCCGUACAUUGAUCGUACACGGAUAGGAGUAUUUGGGAGGGGCUAUGGUGCCUAUAUUACAUUAAUGAUGCUCAAAUCAACAGACAGCCUGUUAAAAUGUUCCGUAGCAAUGUCCCCAGUCACAGACUGGAAACUAUAUGCAUCAGCAUUUUCUGAGAGGUACCUCGGCAUGCCAUUACGGGACGACAGCAGAUAUCAGUUCUCCAGCGUGUUGCAGAACGUCCAGCCACUGAGGGAACAGACUCUGAUGCUUGUCCACGGUACAGCAGAUGCCAAUGUCCACUUUCAGCAUACUGCUGAGCUCAUCAYGAACCUUGUGAAAGUUGGAGCAAACUACUCGAUGCAGAUCUAUCCAGAUGAGGGUCAUUUCCUGUCCCAGAGAAGUAGGCUGCACCUCUUUGCCUCGCUCACCAGCUUCUACAGGGAGUGUCUCAAGGAAGAGAUCCUACCGCUGCCCGAUGAUGAUGAGGAGGAGGAAGAGUAGGAGUAYGAUGUGGUGGAGACCUUCGGCAGGACUUUUGCAGGACUUCCUCACUGUAAAAAAAUUSCUGAAGCCUGCACGAAAGGCUGGUGGCUUUUGGACCAAGUGUUAAGARGGAGGUGGACAGUGAGAGUUGCGGCGUGUGUGUGGGUAUGUGCGUGUGUGUGCAAAUCACAUCGCUUGUGUUAGUUUGAGAYAGAGUUUGUGCGUGUUUGUGCGUGUGCCUGCGUAUGUAUGUUUGUGUGUGCGUGUGUUUGCAGUCAGAGAACUCCCAAGGACACCUGUCAAAGCCAAUGGACACCAGAAUUGUCAGGACUACAAGUGGGAACUCUCACUUAUCCAAAAUGCCACUUCAAUCUCCACCUCUGAGACUAUCCCUCUCACGGCAAAGCACAUAGCAGACMGCCUCCAUCUCCGGCAGGAGCCAUUAGGGUUCCAGCAUCCACACUGACAAGUGCAUGGUUCUUUUCCCCUUUCAGCUUAACUCGUUUUGCCAUGUUAGUUUUCAUCGUGGUAGACAUUGGAAGAGGCAAACACAUAUGUACCCUUUUCAAUUUMAUCCUCUCUUUAUUUUGGGGUUUCGAUGCACACGGAUAUGCUCCACUGCUCUUCAGAGACAUACUGUAGGCAAUGCAAGUUCACCRUGACUGUGACGUUGUCCGCAAAUAAGUGCAAUUCCCGCUGAAUGCUCUCAUCUUUGAGACCCCCCACUGAAAAUAAGUCCUUUGUGCACACUUAAUUGUACAAGGGUCUCAUGUAGACAUGUCCAAUGCCUUAUGAAGUGCUACAUAAGACCACGUACUGGCAUUCAUAUCCCUUAGUUAUUAGAAGRUUCACACUAACCCGUGUCAGCUCAGUUCUUUGAGAUGCAACAUGCCAGUGCAGUCUCAGAGACAGUUAAUAUCAGUUGUAAGGUCAGGUCAUAAACCAGUUGUAGUUCCAGUGAGUAGUGAGUGGUCACAAAGGCCAUAAAAUGACAUCGUGUAGGGCUAAGUAAGGCGUUUCGCAUGUCUACAGGGGGACGCCUAAAGUGUUGCCGUAUUUUGUACAGUACAAUACAGCAGAGUGUGUACAUACCUAUAUUUUUUAGAUAUGUCAGAUCWCACGGAUAGGUUAGUCUAUGGGAAUGGAAUGAUUUGACAUGUAUGUCUUGUAUAUUUUUCAGUUUUUUGGGGGUUUAGUAGAUUUUUCUUCUUAGGGUGGAUUUUGUAAUGCUUGUUCAUGUUCAUUUUGUUGUUUUUGAAGGGGGGGGUGAUGGUUUUGGGUUAUUGUGAUUGUCCUCCAGUGAUGAUUGUGAAUAAAAAACACUGAGAAACGAAUAUAUUACCGUAAGGUAUUCAGCACAAAUUACAUUCAA